ACUGAAGCUAAAGAUGCUUCAACUGCCGUUUCUGCUGUGACUUUAACAUUAAGUUUCUCUGUGGCAAACUUUGGCCACACCUAGAUCCUGCUUAUUUCCCAAAAAAAAAAAACAUUCACAAAAUCCUGCUUUUUAAUUUUUUUCUCCGUGGUGCGUUUGUUUGUGUGACGGCGAGUCCCGGCGGUGUAACCGGAGAGGGGCCUCAUAGAGGGAAUGCAGGACUGCAAUGGAGCACAAUGCAAUACAGUGGUUGGGUGCCCCCUCCUGCCAGCGAGGCAGCUACGCCUUCUACAAGUCGGUGAGCAGCAGACCUCAGCCCGACGGACCGGCACAGGUGUGGAAGCUCGGCGAGUUUUACUUCAUCCGAUGUGGACCGCUGGAUCCCGUGUGCAUCGCUGAGGUGACUCUGCUGUGGGAGGACCAGACGCGGCGCCACCUGCUGGCCAGCGCCAGACUCUACUUCCUGCCCGAGGACACGCCGAAGGGCCGCACCAGGGAGCAUGGAGAGGAUGAGGUUCUGGCGGUGUCCAGGAAGAUGGUGGUGCGGGUGGAGGACCUGGUGCAGUGGGGGUGUGCGGAGCCGUCAGGUUGGAGCAGUUCUUUGAAAACACCAGCAGCCUGCGGGAUUAACGGCCUCCACAAGCCUCCACAGAGCAGCGACGAAAAUGUCUGUGAGGAGACGACCAGCGAACCUCUGGUAGUCAAAAUUGAAGACGACCCUCGACAGGGAAUAACGAUCCUCAGCUACCCGCAGUACUGCCGCUUCCGCUCCCUGCAGAGCCGCAUCCUGGAGGGGGCGAGGGGCCCGGGGCUGCAGGAGCCCCACCUGCUGGCCCUGGGAGGCGUUCAGGUGUUGCCCCACAUCCGGCUGAUGUACUGCAGGGACACCUUCAACCACCCCACGCUGGAGAACAGCGCCGGCUUCUCCUGGCAGUUCAGUUGUCCGUCUCUUAGUCUACGAGGGCGACCUCGCAAGAGGAAAGCCAGAGACUCUCCGACCUCCGGCCAAUCAGAUUCCUGGAUCGAGAGGAUGAAGGAGAACGUGAUGGGCAGCGUGGAGGUGGGCUGUGAGGGCAGCUGGCUCCCUCACCCUGAGGAGCAGACGUUCCUGGAUCAGCUCUUCGCCCACAUGGAGCGCCUCGGCUCACCCGUCCACAAAGUCCCCAACCUCGGCUUCAAGAAGAUUGACCUCUUCAAAAUGUACUCUGUGGUCAAGCGGCUCGGAGGCUACAAAAAGGUGACAGUGGACCGUCUCUGGAAAAUAGUUUAUAACGAGCUGGGAGGAUGCGCCGGCAGCACCAGUGCUGCGACCUGCACCAGGAGACACUAUGAAAGGCUGAUGCUUCCUUAUGAAGAGCACCUCAGAGCAGGAGGAACUGAAUUCAAAAUCCCAGAGUGCCCCAUGCCUCAAAAACCCAGAGCGAUCAGAGGAAGAAAACCACUUCAGAGAGGAAGGAAACCAGGACCCAAAUCCCAAGAGAAGAAGAUGGCGACCGCUGCUGCUGCUUGUGCUCGUACUAUCAUGACCCCGAACGGCACUUUGGUGGUGAAGAGAGGACGAGGUCGGCCGCCCGGCACGCGCAAUAAAUCCACGCUGAUCGCUCAGGCCAAGAUGGUGGCUCAGCAGCAGGCUAGGAUCAAAUUAGAGGCGGAGUCUCAGCUGCUGAGUCCUCUGCUGCAGGGUGGAGGCGCUCUAACCCUCAUCAGCACACACAGGCCCAUCCAGCCGGUCAUCCUCGUCAACAUGCCCCUCACCCCGGACCUCUCCCCCAUGUCGGCCCCCUUCCUCCCCUUCCAGCCCAAACCAAAGGAGCUGAAUUCGGACCGGCGGGAGUCAGCCCCCCCCCUCCUCCUCUCCACGCUGCCUCGCCACUUUGUCGGAGGAUCUCUGGGCGGUUUCAGCCCCAUCAAAGGCGUCUGCCCUCUGGACGUCUUCAGGAACCGCAUCAGCCUCCAGAGGGGCCCGGAGAGCCCUGCCCUGACGCCUCAGGACCCCCCCGCCCAGCACCAUCCCACCGUCUACACACUCCAGCCCAAAAGUGGAAGCCCGGACACGCCAACACACCCCAGCAGGGAGCAGCUCCAGCCUCAGCCCCACCCCCCACCCGCCGCACCAGCAACACAACCACUGCUCGGGGUGCGUGGUGGACGAGGCGGCCCCGCAGAGGGGGGUCAGUCGGGACGUCAGGAACCGGCCCCCCCUGCCCCCCCUCCGUGUCCUGCCUCUGAACCUGGACUGCAGCGUUCAGGUGUGCCAGCUGAUGAGGACUCGUCUGGGCUCGUCUCAGUUCCAGACCUUCACCCGCCGCCUGUCCGAGGCUCUGUCCCAGGACCUGAGCAGCAAGCCCCCCUGCUCGCCCAUCACUCCGCCCCCCGAGCAGGCGCUGCCUCUCAAUCUCAGCAAACGCUUCGUGGUGAAGAGACCGAGCGCCGAGGGACCGGAGUCGAGUCACGGGGACGUCAACGGGAACGCCGAUCAACCUCUGUCCAAGAGACUGUGCACGGAGACGGCGGAUAACUUCGGUCUGGGGGGCCGAUCCGGCUCGGGGAGCAGCGGCGGGGAGGGGGAGCAGGAAGUGGAGAUGAGGAACCAGGAGGAACCAGCAGAUCUCAGCUCGCCCAGCAGGAUCAGAGCCUUCCUGCUCAGCCUGCCGCCCUUCCAGGUGAAAUUCGAGGAGGAUCUGAACGGGACGAGGUUUGGGAAGUUUCUCCCUCCAGGACCUAUGGAAACCCAGAGGUCCGCCACAGAGACAAGAGAGGGAGGCGUGGCGGUAAAGAAGGAGGACGAGGUGUUUGAAAUGGAGCGAUGUGAA